CGCGCCUGCACUCAUCUCUCGUGCCGGAGCGCGCGAACGAACACGGGAGCGCGCGCCACCGAUCCAAGGACAGAGCGGCGGGCUCGCGGGUAUCAGGUCACCUGAAGUCCUCGAGCAUCGCCGGCGCGUCCACACGCGCCGCGCGGCACCGUACCUGCUCGGUCCAGCAGACGAGAACCGAACCCUCAUCGCGCUCCGGUGAGAAUCAACAGGACACCCUGCGUGGGUCCAGGUUCAGGUCCGACAGGGAGCACGACCGGAACCUCUCUCAUCUCAGACAGGUGUCAGCGAACCCAACGACAUCAGAUCCACCAUCCAGAGAAAAUAAACGGAACCAGACGCAGGGAGCCGAACCAGGUGGGGACAGAUCAACAGGAGACCGAUCGAGAGAGGCAUUCCAAAGCCCUCCGUGACUGACUUGGAACCAGGACCUGAAGCAUGGAGUUGCGCAGCGUGCUCCUGCUGGCGGUGCUGCACUGCUGCUCGGUGGCGCUGUGCGGCUGCGAGCCCCGCCUGGUCAACGUCGGCGCCGUCCUGAGUCAGAAGCGCUAUGAGCAGGUGUUCAAGGAGGCGGUGAGUCAGGCCAACGCGCUCUACGGCAAGGACAAGUUCAAGAUGAACGCCAUCUCUGUCACACACAAACCCAACGCCAUUCAGAUGGCGCUGUCCGUCUGCGAGGACCUGAUCUCCAACCAGGUAUACGCAAUCCUGGUUAGCCAUCCUCCUCAGUCCAACGAUCAUCUGACUCCAACGCCUGUCUCCUAUACAGCCGGCUUCUACCGCAUUCCUGUGGUUGGCCUAACGACUCGCAUGUCCAUCUACUCAGACAAGAGCAUCCACCUGUCGUUCCUGAGGACGGUGCCCCCGUACUCACACCAGGCUCAGGUGUGGUUCGACCUCAUGAGAGAGUUCAGGUGGAACCACAUCAUCCUGAUAGUCAGCGACGACCACGAGGGCCGAGCCGCCCAGAAAAAGCUUGAGACGCUGCUUGAAGAGCGCGAGACCAAGACUAAAAACAGGAACUAUGAAAACCUCGACCAACAGAACUUUGACUUCAGGAGAACACCCAAGGCAGAGAAAGUUCUGCUGUUCAACCAGGACACCAACCUGACAGCACUACUGCUGGAAGCCAGAGACCUGGAGGCCAGAGUUAUCAUCCUCUCAGCAAGUGAGGACGAGGCUGCAGCCGUCUACAAGGCAGCCCGGCAGCUCAACAUGACCGGCUCUGGUUACGUGUGGCUGGUCGGGGAGAGGGAGAUGAACGGCAAAGCUCUGAACGAAGCUCCAGACGGCCUGCUGGGCCUCCAACUGAUCAACGGUAAGAACGAGUCGGCUCAUAUUGCGGACGCCGUCGCCGUGGUUGCUCAGUCUCUGCAGGAAUUGUUUGAGAAAGAGAACAUCACAGAGCCCCCGCGAGGAUGCGUAGGAAACACCAAUAUCUGGAGAACCGGCCCGCUUUUCAAAAGAGUGCUGAUGUCAUCAAAGUACCCUGAUGGCUUGACGGGCCGAAUUGAGUUUAAUGACGAUGGAGACCGGCGCUUUGCUACCUAUAGCAUCCUGAAUUAUCAGCAGAAACCAGGCCGUGUUGUCCAGGUCGGAAUCUUCAACGGAACUCAGGUUGUGAUGAAUCCUCAGAGGAAGAUCAUCUGGCCUGGAGGAGAAACCGAGAAACCAGUGGGAUACCAGAUGUCAACCAAACUGAAGAUUGUGACCAUCCACCAGGAACCUUUUGUUUAUGUGAAGCCAACAAAGAGUGACGGAACGUGCAAAGAAGAAUACACGGUUAAUGGAGUCCUGAUAAAGAAAGUGAUCUGUACUGGACCCAAUGGGACCACACCAGGUCAACCCAUCGUCCCUCAGUGCUGUUAUGGCUUCUGCAUUGACCUGCUCAUCAAGCUGGCUAUGAGCAUGAACUUCACCUAUGAGGUACACCUGGUGGCUGAUGGGAAGUUUGGGACGCAGGAGCGGGUAAACAACAGCAACAAGAAGGAGUGGAACGGGAUGAUGGGGGAGCUGCUGGGGGGGCUAGCCGACAUGAUUGUGGCCCCCCUUACCAUCAACAACGAGCGCGCUCAAUACAUUGAGUUCUCCAAGCCCUUCAAAUACCAGGGGCUCACCAUCCUCGUCAAGAAGGAAAUCCCUCGCAGCACUCUGGACUCGUUCAUGCAGCCUUUCCAGAGCACACUGUGGCUUUUAGUCGGUCUGUCGGUCCAUGUGGUGGCAGUGAUGCUUUACCUACUAGACCGGUUCAGCCCGUUUGGAAGGUUCAAAGUGAACAGUGAAGAAGAAGAGGAAGACGCCCUCACCUUGUCCUCGGCCAUGUGGUUCUCUUGGGGAGUUUUGCUGAACUCUGGGAUCGGAGAAGGAGCUCCCAGGAGCUUCUCAGCUAGGAUCCUGGGGAUGGUGUGGGCGGGUUUCGCCAUGAUCAUCGUAGCAUCAUAUACUGCCAAUUUGGCAGCCUUCCUGGUGCUGGACCGGCCUGAGGAGCGCAUCACUGGCAUCAAUGACCCCAGGCUGCGUAACCCAUCAGAUAAGUUCAUCUAUGCCACAGUGAAGCAGAGCUCGGUGGAUAUUUACUUCAGACGGCAGGUGGAACUGAGCACCAUGUACCGGCACAUGGAGAAACACAACUAUGAGAGCGCCGCUGAGGCCAUCCAGGCUGUCCGAGACAACAAGCUUCACGCCUUCAUCUGGGACAGUGCUGUGUUGGAGUUUGAGGCUUCACAAAAGUGCGAUCUGGUUACAACAGGAGAGCUUUUCUUCCGCUCAGGCUUUGGGAUUGGAAUGAGGAAAGACAGUCCAUGGAAACAGAACGUUUCUCUGGCCAUUCUCAGUUCACAUGAAAAUGGCUUCAUGGAGGAUCUGGACAAGACUUGGGUACGAUACCAGGAGUGCGACUCCAGGAGUAAUGCUCCUGCAACUCUCACCUUCGAGAACAUGGCGGGCGUGUUCAUGCUGGUCGCCGGCGGCAUCGUGGCGGGGAUCUUCCUCAUUUUCAUCGAGAUCGCUUACAAACGUCACAAAGACGCCCGCAGGAAACAGAUGCAGCUGGCCUUCGCCGCCGUGAACGUGUGGAGGAAGAACCUGCAGGAUAGGAAAAGUGGUAGAGCAGAGCCCGAGCCCAAAACCUCUUUUAGGUCCAUCACUUCGACCUCCGACCUCAAACGCCGUAUGGCCCCCGGGGACGCCACGCCGUACCCGACUGACAUCACCGGCCAGCUCAACCUAUCAGAUCCGUCCGUCAGCACCGUGGUCUGAGAGAGGCUGAGAGGGGGGUGCGAGUGAGCUUCACUGCUGCUGCUGAGCCACACACACAAACUCACGCACACACACACACACACACACACACACACACACACACACACAUUGUGCCUAAACACACAAUACUAACGCAGACGGACAGGAAGAGGACAGGACAGCUGCAGGUCACUGUGCCAGCUCACCCAAACCUCCUGUCAUGAGGAAUGAAGUCAACAUGAGUGUCCCGCCUAAAAGCUUCCAUUCGGACGAGCAAAAAGAAGCCGACCGUCUCCAAAAAGAGUCCCGCGUGUCCCCCCUGUGCACACAAACCAACAUGCUCAGACAUUCAUGUUCCAGUUCAGUUUCAAAGAGCUUGUUGACUUAACUGUCCAUCUGCAGGAAAUCUCUCCAUAUGUGCAGAUGAUAAAUUCAUUUCAUCAGCUCUUGAAGUCACUUCAAGACCCACUUCGAUAAAAUUGUGUUUUUGCUGUUUUCAACAAGUUCAUGUAGCAUUUUUUUAAAUAAUGGAAGACAUACAGAAGGAAAAUUAAGCUUAAAAUUACAACUGAAAAAGAGAGAGUGAAAAACAGACGGAUGACGGGAAGUGGAAGCAGGCUUGGUCCUCACCAACAGUCCACAACUCAGAGGUGAAUUUCUAAUGAGCUCCUGCCGCUCUGCAGAAACUAUGUCCUAGAACAUUUAGAAGUUUUUUUUAGAUUUAGGCUAAAAACA